AAACGCCCAUAGCUCUCGACACCUUCAAUCAAACUUCGAUCGUCAAAGACAUAAGCUCACAAUUUCGCGAUGGGUGUGCGUUGGUUGGAUACUUUCAUCCGUGAAGAAGUCAAGAACGGUGCCUUCUUAGUGAACAUUGAGCAUGAAAUUCGAGAAUACUACAGUAAAGCUACGGCUGCCGGGUCAACCUCACCGCCACCACCACCCGUGCUGGUUAUCGACGUGUUUGCACUGAGCUGUGGUCAACUGAGUUCGAUAGACUUCGACGCACUGAUUUAUGGAGCACGUUUCAAUGUAGGGUUCGGGAUCAUCGACCGGUUUUUGCGAAAACUCAAGUCCCUUGGAGUCGUGCUAGAGUUCUUCAUAGAUGGUAGCGUUCAAAGCUUCAAGGUAAACACAUGGAGCGAACGGAGAGAUCAGGAGUAUCGAGACAUCAUCGCAAUAAUCGAUGCAGUCGAUAGAGGAACCGAUGUCGCAACAAUACUAGAUACCUUGGGGGCACCGGGUUGCAGCUACUCUCUAAAAUAUCUCGCUGAAACGCAUGGCCGCCUGACGGUGUCUUUGGAAAAGGAAUGUGACCAGGAAUUAGCUGCGUUUGCUUGCAAAGUCAAUGCCUUGGCAAUCAUUUCCAACGACACGGACUUUCUCGUCUACGAGGGAAGCUGGAAGUUUUGGUCGUCGAACGAGCUCAAUAUCGAUACCUUGGAAACGUUGGAGUACAACCGUCAAGCUCUGCUGGAGACGCUGGGGUUGACCUUCGCCCAGAUGCCCUUGUUUGCCACUCUCUGCGGAAACGAUAUCAUAAAGGCUGAAGAAUUGAAACGGUUCCACUACAGAAUAGGUCGAUUGUCUCGCAAAAUAAGCAACGUGGCUCAAUUCGUUCAACAAGAAGCAGACCUGGAGGACUUGGACAGCACUUUGCUGAAAGUCUUUGGACGUCACAACGCGUACAUCAGAGAUCGCUUUCGGCAGAGCAUUGAUUUCUACAAAACGGACUACGCCACGACCUCCGACGAAAACAAUAACCCAGUGAAAGAAACACUCCUCAAACAUGCAAACACACUAGUGUAUCAACUUUGGCACAAACAACCUCAUAUGGUUUCAAUGGGACUGGUGGACAUGCGCGAUCCAGACUUAGGACAACCAUUCCCCACGAUCGUUCUUCGCAUCCUACAACGUACCGCCGGGAUCAUCAUGUUCCACCGCUUGAAAGGUCGAAAGUACUACGCGCAUCCGUUUGUCGUCAAGCUAAACCACGAGACCGGUCACCAGCUCCGUCGUUUUCCCGUUCAGUUUCCCACUUUUGUCGACCCUCCUACAAUGACGGACCUCUUCUCCAAGAAUCCCUCCAUCGAGGCGAAGCUUGAAGAAGUGAAAUUCCUCCUGCUCAGCUGGAUCGUGUCCGAUCGCUUGGACUACCGGCUCCUGAAGCGCAUACUGCGCCCACUUCUGCCAACGGUCGUCACUCUUUGCAAUUUGGUGGAGAACCGUAUGCUGCGGCUGUUUGAAGCCGACCUGCUGCUGCAGGUGGCGUACGAUGUGGUGACCGAGGCGUAUGACCCUAAAUUGCUGGAACUGCCUCCCAAGGUGGAACCGCGACCCUUUCGAGUACCGUUCCUCUUCAGGUCCAUGUAUGCGUUUGUCAUCGAUGCAAUGGAUUCGAUUGGCAUGAACUUACGGGGCUUUCGAGAGGAUCCUCCCCUGGACGGGGUGUUGUUUCACCUGAAGUACGAGGAGUGGGCCAAGCUGGCAGGAAGUACGGAACGGAUUGCCCCGUGGCGAAUUUAUGUGACGCUGAUGCGGCCAGAGGUGAACGAUGGAAAACUGUUAAAGUGAUUAACCAUUGGAAUUGUUUGUAAAAUUUUGUGCGUAGUGUUGUUUUUUAUUGUAUGGUUUAUUUAAGACAGAUUAGCAUGUGAUUUUCAUUUAAUAAUAAAAUUAUACUCUAAACGA